AAUAUUCUUUAAAUAUUUUGUAUCAAAUGUUACGUUAUUUAUGAGUUGUUUGUGAUUUCAAUAGGCGUUCAAUGAUUACAUAAAGUGAUUGUUUAUAUGAUUAAUGUUUGGCCACUAAUAUAACCGAUUCAAUGACAACUAUACCCGUAAAUUGUGGUCAAUUGUGUCCACCACUACAGUACUCAUCGGUCGAAUGGCGACUACAGACACAAGUGUCGUCCCGAUCGGCCAGAGAUGAGUUGAAAGCUGAAGUCAUAAUGAAAUUUAAAUUGAUUGACAGUUUAGCAAAUGAUAAGUAUGUGGUGAUGAAGACUGAUAUCACUAAUUUGAUCCGUUUUCAUGAUGUACUCGAAGAUGCACUCAUGAGCUCACGUUCACAACAAUUGCUUCAAAUAUCACGACUCACAUGAAUCACAUAAAUGGCUCAAAGUUUAAGACAAGUUUGUCAUUAUAUACUGUACUGUAUAUCAUAUAUACUAUUAU